AUGGAUUCAAAACGGACAGGCGCAAUCAGACGUUGGUUCGAACAAUUGUUAAAGGCCAAGUUAGGUAUUGAUCCAGUGGAUGGCUGGGCUCUACUGUAUAAACGACACAUACCUACUAUAACUCAUUUCAUCACUACUGGUAAGUUCAAAAUAUGCGAGGAAAAGUCAAGCCAAGAAGUAUACACGAAAGCAUAUCAGGCUUUAGUGGAUCAAAUGACCGAUGUUUCGUUUCUAGACCAUUUGAAGCCAGAUUUGGCUGCAACGGGUGAUAAUUUUGAGGUGGCUAAAUUUUUGAUCGUCUUCUUGAAUGAGUUACGGAUAAGUCUGGAAGUGGUUUUCGAUGAAGAUUACGGACUAGCUGAGGAUGAAAAUAAGCAUAUUGGAGCGGUACUGCAUUAUUUGGAGGAUCAUCAAAAUUGGGAUCCCUAUGAUUCUUGGCCUGCAGUGCUGUUUCAAAGCAGUGACGAAUCUGUAAAUGUGGAAAAUUUUACUACUCCCAAGAUUCGUCGAUCAAAUCAUUGUGGAUUCGUAUUGAGUGAAAAAAUAGAUAUAAGGCGUAGUCCACUUUCUGAAGUCGUUUCCUCUCCUCGUUCACGUGAAUUGCGAAUAAUGCGUGAAAAAGAUAGAAAGAUAAAGACUCUGAAUGAACGAUGUAAACUACUAGAAUACGAAAAAGAUGAUCUGGACAGCGCACUAAGAACCGCUAACCAGGAAAUCAAAAGACUUACAAAGAGUCUCAGCGAAGUAACCAGCGCUGUUAGUGAGAAAGAUGCACGGUGCCGUACGCUUGGUACAGAACUGGAUGACUGGCGAACUAAAGCGGCUGCAGCUGAGGAAGAAAGCAUUCAACUAAAGCAGCAAUUAAAGACUGCAAAGCAAGAACUGCACACUACACAAAGGCAAUUGCGUGAAGCCGAAUUUGACAUUUCAUCGAAACAAAGGACGGUUGAGAGCUGGGAAAAAAAAGCUGCAUUGGAGGAAGAAUGGCGAUUAAAAAUGAAAAGAGAACGAGAAGAGCUUUUGCAGGAACUUGAAGUGACACGGAUCUCGAAUACGACUGCCGAGGAGCGAUUGAUACGGCUUACAACUAACGAUGAAGCCGAAAUCGCAGAAUUGCGGAACAUCAUCGAUGGAUUACGAUCGGACGUAAAGGAAGCGCGACGAGAAAGGGAUGAAGCACUGAUUAGUCAGGACGAAAAAGUGAGGAUCAAGGAAUUAGAGAUUGCAAGGUCUGCCGGUAUGAUUACAGAAAUGAAGAAGCAAUUAAGUGUUGCUCAACUUUCUGUCCAAAACAUUCGCAACAUAGCUGUGCAGAUACGAAAUCUUUGUAGAGAGCUGGAAAAUAGGAGGACCGAAAUUCAAGGUCUACGAUUCCUGUUCACAGGUAUCCAGAAUGAAUAUCAGGCUUUGCAGGAAGAGAAUGGACAAAAUAAAGCUAUGAUUGAAAGCCUACGAAACAAUGUAGCGAUAAGCGAAUAUCAGUCGAAGGCGUUAGCUGCAUCAUUGGAGGAUCAACGGAAGAAGCAUGUAGUGGCUAUGAUGGCAAAGCAAGAAACUUUAAAUGAAAAACAACGGAUGCUCUUGGAAGCAUGGAAUCAGUUGAAUAGCAGCGUUGAACUCAAUAUCCAUUUGCAGGAAGAAAUAAGACGGCGGGAGGCUGCAUACCUUACUCUUGAGCAACGCCUUGCUUCUGCCGAGGAAAGACACUCAACAAUUUCCCAACAUUUCUCAAUUAGCAAUAGCACUCUGGAUAGUAAACCAGCCGAGGAAAUGGCCAAAAUAAACUGUCACUUUUCGGAAGCAGUAGACGUGUCAUCUGGUGCGUUGCCUCAUGAAUUUCAUCCACUCCCGGAAGUUGAAGAUGAGAAUGAUUUGUUGUCGUCAUCAUCCGUGGUUGGCGAUCCAUAUAUGCUAAAGGUGGAACCGCAAUGUGGUAGACUGAUUACAGCUGAUGAACAAGAGGAAUUUAACACUUCCGUGGAUAGUGAACGCUUGAGUGAAUUGAACAGACGCAAUAAAACAUUGCCGCCUCACAUGCGUUCAACUUACGCUACGGAAUUGACUUAUGCUGCGAAACGUUUCCCAUCUGAACGGCUCGAAGAUGAACUCAAAAAUUCCAGAAAUUUUACGCCAUACUUACAUAAAGGUGGCGGUGAUACAUCUAGCUUAGUAUCACCAAGCAACUUAUCGAAAACUAAGUAUGUUUCACGAUCGUUGCGCAGUGUCAAAAAACAUUUUAGCAAAAUAUUGCAAGAAGCGAACACAUCCAAAACGAGUGUUACCGAUCGGACUCCAUUAAAAUGGAAAAAUUGA